UCUCCUGGUGGUACCUGCGUGUACGGUGCUUCCGGCGGGGCUCGACCGCGGGAGCUUCCGAUUCCGGCCCCAGCCUUGGUUAGCAGCAUGGCUUCUCUCCUGGCCAAGGAUACCUAUCUGCAGGACUUGGCCAAGAAGAUCUGCGCGCAGCCUGGCCCUGAGCGGCAGAGGAGCACGUGGGGUGUCAGAACAAAAGGCUCAGAAGCUGCUGGCCCCCCAAAAAAGAAAAGGAAGAAAACACAAAAGAAGUCUCCGGAGCAGGAACAGAAAUCGAUGGAUCACAAGACUAAACCCCUGGGCAAGAAGUCUCCCACCUCUUCUAGGGCCAAGAAACCAAUGGUAUCCAAACAAGAGAAGAGCUCCAGCUCCCUGGGGGCCCCUAAAGAUAGCCAAGGCACAGCACCCGAGUCUGUCUUUGCACUGGAUUUCCUGCGACAGCGGCUGCAUGAGAAGAUCCAGCUGGCCCGGGGCCAGGGUAGCACCAAGGAGUUGUCUGCUGCCACUCUAGAGAAAAGACGGCGGAGAAAGCAGGAGAGGGAACGGAAGAAGAGGAAGCAGAAGGAGCGCCAAGUGAAGCAGCAGGUUGCAGAGGCUGAGAAAAAGGAGCCAGUCAAGGUGCCCUCAGAAGUGGCCUGCAAGGAGCUGCCGGAGUCAGGGCUGAUCUUUAACAAGGUUGAAGUGACUGAAGAGGAGCCAGCCAGCAAGGCCCAGCGCAGGAAGGAGAAGCGGCAGAAGGUGAAAGGGAACUUGACACCACUCACAGGCAGGAACUACAGGCAGCUGCUCGACCGUCUGCAGGCACGGCAGGGCCGACUGGAGGAGCUUCGUGAUCAGGAUGCAGCCAAGGCCCAGGAGCUGGAGGCCAAGAUGAAGUGGACCAACUUGCUGUACAAGGCUGAGGGUGUGAAGAUCAGGGACGAUGAACGCCUGCUGCAGGAGGCCCUGAAGCGCAAAGAGAAGCGCCGGGCACAGCGGCAGCGCAAGUGGGAGAAGCGUUCAGAGCAUGUGGUGGAGAAGAUGCAGCAGCGACAGGACAAGCGGCGCCAGAAUCUGCGCAAGAAGAAGGCAGCUCGGGCAGAGCGACGGCUACAGAAGGCCCACAAGAAGGGCCGGGUGCUUCCCCAGGACCUGGAGCGUGCAGGCCUCUCCUGAGCAGUUUGCACCUGCCAAGUUCCUGGCUCAGCCCCUUCCCUCCAUCUCCAUCCUUGAGGGUUAGGGUGGUAUGCAGUGCUAGUGCAGGUCUAGGCAACAGACUGGGUCUCCUGUAUGAGGUCGACACAGUUCUUGUACCCCACAACCGCAGAGAGAUCUCUGACCGUGUGCCAGGUUGUUUGAUCAGCAUCCUUAGGAGGACCAUGUCCUCCAGGCCCUGAGAGGGAUGAAGGGGAUCUGUGCCCGUGUCUGUUUGUAUCUGUGUGUUCUGAACUCUAGAGUCAGGAUAGAGUGAGGCACCCUCACCAACCCUUUCCUGCCCACCUGUAUUUGCAGUGGCCACGAGAACAAGAAGCCUUGACUACCUGUUCUGUGUUUAUCUCUGAUCCAGUCAGGUGUGUCUCCCGGCCAGAGCUCCAGGGCUCUCUUUGUGUUGGCAUCCAGCUCAAAACCUGGAGUCCUUCCUGAGUUCCCAGGAUGUGCUUGGUCACCUGUGAGCCAGUUGGUGGCUGAGACUUGAGGUUGUGUGUUGCCUGGUUUUAUGUCAGUUUGACACAAGCUGGAGUUGUCUGAGAAGAGAGGCCUCAAUUGUGAGCUCCACUCCCUUGGUCUGUGGGCAAGCCUGUGGUGUGCUUUUCAAUGAUGUGGUAGGGACCAGUUCAUUGUGGACAGUGCCACCCCUGGUGGUCCUGGGCUGUUUAAGAAAGUGUGCCAGGCUAGCGUGGGGAGAGAGCCAUUAAGUAGCAUUCCUGGCUUUUGCCUUAGUUCCUGCCUCGAGGUUCCUGUCCCGGCUUCCCUUGGUGAUGUACUGUUACCUGGAAAUGUAACAUGAAGUAAACCCUUUUCUCCCUCAAGUUGCUUUUGGUCAUGUUUUGUUUUAUCACAGCAAUAGAAACCCUAAGCUAAGUCUGUGCCUUUGGAGGAAGGAGGCAGGGCAUGGUGGCUCCUGGGACGCUGGCUAGGCUGAGGUGGUGAGUGCAGAUAGGACUACUUUUAACUCGGUGCGAGGAAUGGCCAGACGUAGGUGCAGAGCCACCCUCCCUGGUCAGAGCUUGGGUGCAGGGGUAGGCUGGUAGGGCUGGAGUCAUUUGUAAUUACUAAAGGCUGAACAGAAUUAAGUGCUUGUUGUGUGUGGUGGCACACACCUUUAGUCCCAUUACUCAGGAGGCAUAGGCAGGUGGAUCUCUUAAGUUUGAGGCCAGCCAGGGUUACAUAGAGACCUGUGUAAGAAAACAACAGUAACAAAAAACAGAUGUAGAUGGAAGUGGCACACCGCUGUAAUCCCAACACUGGAGAGGCUGAGCAAGAAGACGGGCAAGUCUGAGUAGAGUUCCAAGAUGUUGUGCUUUUGGACAGAUGCCUCUGCUGGUACAAGCAAGAACUGCAAGCCAGACAGCCCCACUUGAAUUUUUGGAACCACCUUUGGUUAAAAAUCCAGAUGUGGUGUGCACCUAUAAUCCCAACACUCACUGAAAUGGGAGAUAGGGGUAGAAUUGACCUGUAAGCUCUGGCCAGCUAACCCGGAACACACAGUAGCAGAAAAGGAGAGCCCCUGCAUCAGUAAGAUGGAAGUCGGGUACCAGUUCCUGUGAAAGCAUCUAGGUACACAUACACCCAGCAAACACACACCCGAAAGAGCUGGUGAGAUGGCUGUGGGUAAAGGUCUACCUGUGUGAGCCCAAUGGCCUGAGCUCAGUCCUUAGUGCCUGCAGUGCGAGAACACUAUAGUCUUCAGACAGUGCUGUGAAUGGCUCACACACUGAAGUAAAGAUCUAGAGUAAGCAGGUGGCUGGAGUUCUAAAAUUAUGAAGGAGUCAAUAUGUUCUAAGAUAUUCCAAGGAAACUGUUAAGGUUUGAAUCCUUAUGUCCUCAAAGGCUGUGUCUAAAUAGCUUGUCCCCAAGUGGUGCAGGUGCUCUGUGGGAGGUGGCCUUGUGAAAUCUUUGUUUCUUAUUCUGACAAGGGCCUAAUUCCAUGGACUUCCUCUUCUCCUUUGUGCCAGUCAUCAGUCAGGUUGUGAAGUUGUGCCCACCCGUAGGAUCAGACAGUCACCACCUGAGCUAGGGAUAAAACAGCUUGUCCAUGCUCAGUGAGCCCCAUUUGGCUUCUGACGCUACCUCGGACAGUGAUGGAUUACAGGUAUCCUUUAACAUGUCUGGCAAAACAACAAAAACUCAGAGCUCACAGCUAGGCCUGGAGAAAUGGUGUCAGUGUUCUGAGUCUCAGUCGGUAAUUGGAGAUGGAUGUUGAGGCCUGGCUGGCAGCAGGGAGAUGUCUGGACGACAUCUGGAACAGUUGCACUAAAUCUUAUUUGUUGAUUGCUCACAAAAGUUAUUUUUUGGGUGAAACAAGUUUCUUAUACCAAUGCACCUGAUCUAACCAGUGUUUUCUGAAGGACGACAUACCCCUGCACUGUUUGUAGUGCUCAGUAAUGCAAGGUGCUCCUGCUGUGCCGGGAUUGUCUUGUGAACAAAGUGAUCCACUGUGUUAAGCUCCCUCGGAAAAACAACUUUAUAAAUCACAGUGAACGGUUUCCCACAAAGGUUUCUUCAAGGUAUAAGUACUUAUAGAAAACAAUAUUCUGAUAUUUACUCUAGAUACUUUGAAAAACUAUUUCAUUUUAAUGUUUACCUUCGAUACAGUGAUUCUUUCUACUAGUAUUCUUUCUAUAAGUGACUCUUCAUUUAAGAACACUCAUCUUUGUAGAGGACCUGGGGUUUAGUUAGCAGCACCCACAUGGUGUCUCACAACUGUCUUUAACUCCAGUUCAAGGGGAUCCUACACCCCCAUCUGGGCUCUAAAGUACCACACACACACAAGCUACACAGAAUAAACAGGCAACAAAUAGCUCAUAACUCACUCCUGUGUGGCUAUCAUAUAAUAAUAUGGCUGAUAACUGCUGAUAGGGUGGAAGGCGGCCUGGCCCUCUUGAAGAGUGGGAGGUGUUUGUUGAACAGGCUUUUUACAUGUACCUUGGUCGUGAAUUUGCUUAGCCUCCUGAGUGCCGGGACUGUGUGUGCCACAAUGCGGGAGUCCUUUUUGUUUGUUUUGUUUUUUAGAGUCAGUGUCUCUUUAUGUAGAUAUGGCUGUCCUGGAAUUCACUCUGUAGACUGUGAGUUUCUGACAAAACUCACUUUA